AUGGCUACUCCUACUCAUGAUGAGUUCCUCGACCCUUCGACUGCUAAAAAAGACAACAAAAAGGGCGGCAAGAUGAUGGUCGAUCCGUUUGAGGUGCGCAUGCGCUUCACGACUCAGCUUCAGCACCUCAGUGCAUCAGUCACGUCCGCGCAGAAAGCUGCCCUCUAUGCGCUCAAAUAUCGGGACCUAGACGAGGAUCUCCAUUCCUGCAUCCUUGAACAGCUUGAGCGGAAUAACAUGAACAACCGCGCGAACAUCAUGUACUUUAUCGAGCAUCUCUGCGACAUGGCCCUGAAGGAAAAUCACCCCGCCUACGUCCGAAUGAUGCAGCGCGAUAUUCUCCGUGUUGUCGACUCUGUCGUGCCUCCCGAUGGCACUGGCGCAGCCAACGUCAAGCACGUCCGCCACGUGCUCAGCGGACUGCAGGGCAAGAAAGUCCUCACAUUGGAGAGCGUGGCGGAAAUUGAUGCAGCUCUGAAGGAUCGCGAUACCCACCCCGAUAUGGAACAAGACGAAGGGACCGAGGAGGGAAGCAAGUCAAAAGCUGGAACCCCUCAGAUCCGCCUUGACAAAAAACAAAUUGAGCAGCGCAUUGAGGAGGACCGCGAGCGCAACAAACGUCUUCGUGAAAAUAUGUGGGCAGUUACUGGCGAUGACCAGGACGAAUACAACCAGAUGUGGGAGGAGCUAAGUGAUCUCGGAGACGAUGAUUACACUCAAUUCCGUGAGGAAGCUGAGGAGCGCCAGGAAUGUGUCCGAAAGCAUAUGGAAUUCUGGACCUCGAACGCUGCUGAAAAGUGA